AUGGAAGCAUGUAUUGUACAGACAUUAUUACACUACACCAGAGACAUAUAUAUAUACAUCUGUAUAUAUGUCUCUGACUACACAUAAUAUCAUACAUGUAUUAAAACAACUUCAAUUUCAAAAGGAAUCACACAAUAAAAGUUUUAUUUUCAACAUUUUAUUUUGUGUGUUUUUUUUUGUUUUUUUUUCAUUGAUUUCAUAAAAUCUUUUAAUGUAUACAACUUAUUAAAUAGUGACACACUUAAAGUAUGCAUGUUUCAUAACAUUGUAACAAUUUUUCCACUGGCAGCAAUGUUUCCAUCAUCAAGGUACACUAGUAUUUGUUGUUACAAGAAUACUGAACACUUUUCAUUACCUUUACCUGUACAGUUAACAUCAGUCCAAAUACUUAAUUCAUGUGUUAAUGAACUUAGUGAUUCAAUGCUGUUCACAUAUACACAUAAUCCCAAACCAUUAAACAAUUUGUGAACAGUGUUUUUCAUUAUUAAUGAGAGUGGUCAAAUAAUGUGUUGUUUACUUAAUGAAUUAAUAUUUUCUAAUAAGUGUUCACAAUUACAUCACAUUGAAUAGUGUGUAAACAAAGAUACUCAUAAACAGGUUGAUGAAGGAUGUUGAUAAAUGAACUUAAAAUCAGGACAUUCCAUGAGCAAUUAAAGAAAAUAAGUUUUUAAAGGUAAUUAAGCUGUCCCUGCAUUGUGUCAGAUGGUAUAAAUAAGACCCUUUUCAUUUUCUGUUCAUUCUAUUACCUUCCCCCUACAAAGAAACAUUCAUACUCAUCUAUUACCCAGCAAUGGCCAAGUUUGCAGUAUUUGGGAGCAGCUAUGUUACUCGUCUUGAGAGAUAUUGUCAUGGUGAUCUUAAGGUUCCUGGCACCGUCAGAUUCUUCGGGAAGGGUGGCAUGCGUUCUGAUUCGAUUCCAAGACAACUACUUAGAGACCUGAUAGAGUACAACCCUGAUGUUGUACUCAUCCAACUAGGAGGAAAUGACAUCUCAGCGACAUCAUCCCCCAACGACAUUUUCCAGAGACUUCUGACACUGCAGGUGGACCUACAUCAUGCUGGAAUUCAGCAGGUGUACUUUACAGAGAUUGUGCGACGUGGUAACUUUGACAAGUCCCCAGGCCUGACAGCGACGUCUUUUGAGAAACAACGGAAGAAGAUAAAUCGACUACUGCUGACUAGACUGAGAUACAUCAAGAUUAGAGUUAACUUUCCAGAGGACUAUGACCGUGACCAAGUGCAUUUCAACGACUCAGGACUCAGGACCCAGUUCCAUGCUUUGAGACGACCAUUUUUUGCAUAAUUGAUUGAAAUUGAUAAACACCUUUUAUUAUGUCAUGUUACGCUUUGUAAUUUAUAAUAUGUUUCAAGCAUUUAAUCUUAAAAAUGAUUGAUUUAUUGAUAAUGGGUAAUAGAGACAAUGUUAUAAAACAUAUACUUUAAGUGUGUCACUAUUCGCUAGAUUUGAAAAUUUAUGACAUUGUAAAAUAAAUAAAAAGGUUGUAUUAAAUUUAUGUAAUUCAUUUUGAAAUAGAAGCUGUUUUGAUAUAUAUUAUGUAUAUUGUUAUAAUGUAUGUCAUAUGUUUCAAUAUUUAAUCUGUUGAAAAUGAAAAUACACAUGCAUCAUAAUUCUAUGUGUACAAUAAUGAUUUCUUUAAAUAUAUCAUUUGUAGAUUUGAUAGUAACAUGAAUUUGAAAAAUUAAUAUUUUUAUUUUACUACAAAAAAUAAAUAAGUUUUCAGUAUUUAAUUGCAACUGGUCAUUUCUAAUAAUAUAUGAUUAUAUCACAAUUUAUAUUUGUUUAUGUUAUUUGUAUUACUAAAUACAAAUUGUUUUACAAAUGUUGUAUAUAUUACAUUAUGAUUUGUGUUUUCAUAAAUAAAUAGGCCAGUGUUUCAUAGUGAGUCAAA